AUGGUCCUUAUCAAAGCUCACGCCCUCUUUGCGCUCCUCGCUGGAGUCGCUCUUGCCAACCCAGUGGAGAUUACUCAUGAAGAGCGUGCCGCAGAUCUUAAGUGCACUGUGGACGGCAAAUCAGUUUUAAUCUCCCCUGCUGUUCGCGACUGGCUCUAUCCGCUCGUUCCACACCCCGCCACUUGGAAAUACCCCCAUGAAUUCAUGAACUUGGAUGGUAUUACAUGGGGCAACCCACGUUGCAACCCGGCGGGUGGUGCUCAGCCCAAGCUCCUUGAGUUCCCCAUCAUGCUUGAUGCCAAGGGAAAGGCAAAGAAGGAAGUUUACAACUACAAGCAAGCCAAGCCCAGGCCCGAGCCAGGUGCUUGCCGAAUCGUCACCCGGAAGAAUGGCGGAGACCUCUGCGGAGUGAUGUGCCAUAAGAAAUAUACUACCGCGAAGACCAAGGAGGAUAGAUUCUUCGCCGAGUGCAAGUAG